ACACCCUUUUUGGAUCCAUCUGCUGAUUAAUUAUGCAUAAGCUCUACUCUGAAGGUGGGAGGAGUCAGGAUAUUAAUGUCACAUACCAAGCUGCUGCAGUAUACCUACACUGUAAGAUCGACACUUCUUUAUAAAGCUGAUGUGUAUUUGUUUUUAAGGAAACCUCUAUAAAACAUGAUGAUGGGAGCUGGAUUAGAUAACCGUACAGACCGAAGCUUGUUUAUCAUGCGGGUCCUACUGAGUCUGUUUCCUUUGGUCCUCAUGAUGUGGAACAGUGACAGCACUGAAGCAUUACCUAUACAGGACAAGUUAGCACGCACCAAUGAGAUUCUGACCGAAGAUGAGAAGGACCUGCUGAAGAAGAUGGUGACUGAUAUGGCAAAGAUGAACUUAACUAGUAAAGAACUUGAAGAUUUUGACCCCGAGUUUCUGGAAAACAAGACUAUUAUUGAACAGCCAAUCCCAAAAGAUAAAUCUCCAUGCAAGCUUUUCUUCUGGAAGUCCUUUUCCUCAUGUUAACAUCUACAAUCCUGCCUUAACAGUAAACCAAUAUGUAAUCGCACCUUGUAAUCAAAGAAAAAUGUAUCCAUGUGGCAUGUACAGUUAUUGUAUUGUAAUAUAUGUCUGAUGACUGUUAAAAGAAAUGUUAUGCAUUUAUAACAGAUUACUACUGGGGACAACAUAAGCCCCCCCAAAAAUCACAUACUGUUUGAGAUCCAAGCGUGUGUCAAAUAUGAAGCAUUCUUAACCCUCUUACAUAAUUAACCAUGGGUACUACAUAUAAAUGCCAUAACCAGGGGUGCACAUAACUUUUUUGUCCUGGUUCUUAAAGGAGCACCUGGAGAUGUUGCCUGGUACUCAAACUAUUAGUGGCACAGCCAUCCUACAUGCUGUCAUCAUCACUAAUCUCCUAACUACUCUCUUCACCAUAUUUCUUUGGUUUAAGCAUGGUAGACAAUUAUGUGCAUAAAAUAAAAAAAUUUAUGUUAA